AGGUGGUUGUUACAUCGGGGAUCGUGUUACAUCAAUAAAACAUCGAUUUAUCAGGGAUGUUGAUCCUAGAAAUACGACUAUUGAACUGUGUAAAGUAAUCUGUAAUAUUAUUGGUCAAUAUGAUUAUGCCAUGUACUGCGAUGGAUUGCCAAGUGAAUGUUUCUGUGGGAAUAUUGCUACUUCCGACCCAAGUACCUUGACGGGGCCAAGUGGAUAUUUCACCAAUUGCCCUUGCCCGACAAACACAACUUCAUCAUGUAACGAGGUAGCGGAUCUCUCCGUUUUUGAUCUACUGCCUGGUAAUGAAGAUCCAGACCCUGCUGCUGGGCCACAACCGACUGAAAACUCUACAACGGUGAUAACGAGUUCCCCAAAGUCGGUUACUCAACAGUCAACAACAUAUUACGACAACCCUGUCAAACCAGUCGUCGUUGCUAAAACAGGCACAUCGGCAGGGGUACUUGGAACUAUCUGUGGUCUCCUGUUCAUCUACGGUAUUGUAGUUUCGUCGUUGCUUUACUUAUCAAGACGUAGGCUACAAUCGUUGAAGAAUUCAAAAGAACAGAAACCAUAUUCCUGCCUAAACAGAGAGACCCGUGAUCAACGCGAUUCCUACCAGGGAAUGUACCUUAGCCCCAAUCAAGAGAAUGAUCCUAAUCGAAAUUCUUCAGUACUUGAGCAUUCUUAUCAAGGGGUUAAUGAUCUUUCUCGAUCCAACCAAGAUGUGGUUCCACAUUCUCACCCAGAGCGCCUUCCUGCUCGCUCAUAUGCUGAAUUGGUGAAUCAAGUUCACAACCGACAGGCAAGGCAAGAAACAACGAUUACAGCCCAAGUGGAACUCGAUGACCACAAUUAUAUCGUACCCGAUGUGUGAAAACAAAAUUUGCAUCUACAAUGUCUUUGGUGAUCCGUCAAAGACUUGGUUUGAUAUAACACUAACCCAGGGAGCGCCUGCCCGCUUCGCGGGACGGGGCCCAGGAGCUCACCGUGU